ACUUUUGUUUACCACAACUUGUUAAUUAAAAAAAAAAAUCAUGUCUCUCACGCGCAUGUGUAAAGGAGCAGAAAUCGUGUUCAAGCCGUAAAUUGGUCCGGGUUGAUCAACAAAAAAUCAAAUCCAGUUUCAGUUUCAAACCUCUUCUUCCAGUUUUGUUGGCUUGUUUACCGGUUUUGAGUGGUUUUUUAUUGGUUCGGUUCGUGUUUAACCUUUUUGGGUAAACCGGUUUCAAAGAAAAAAAAAAUUAUAAACCGGUUAGAAACCUAUGGGUUGUACCCGUUCCAACCCGGGCGGUUUCAAUUUCAAUUUUGAAACCGGGUUAGUUUUGUGCGUACAUAAUUCCAAAAUGAUUAUGAAACUAGGGUUUCAGUGAACGAAGAACAGAGCCUCUCAAAAGUUUUCAAAUCAAGAUCAAUUGUCAAUUGUGGAUUCAAAUUCCAGACGUAUCUCGAUUAAGAAUCUGUGAACACUAAAGAUUAUUCGAACAUCAAGUUGUACAAUAUGGGAUUUUGAACUUGAUUAAGGGUUUGAAGGAAUGAAAAACAAAACUUGGAGAUGGGUUUUGGGUUUAAUAUACAUAUUUGCUGUUGCAACCAUUUGGAUUGCUGCAAGUUUUGUGGUUCAGUCGGUUGUUGAUGAGGGCGUCUCACCGUUUCUCAUCACGUAUAUAUGCAAUUCGUUGUUUGUGGUGUACAUUCCGUUAGUGGAAAUCGGGCGUUAUUUGGAGGAUAAAUGUGGAAGUUUAUUGUUUUUGAGAAGUGGAGAUGGUACCGUCUCGGAAGUAAAUCAAGAAUCGGAAGUGGUUAACCUUCUUGUGGAAAAGGAUGUGGCUGUUCAGACUGACGUUGUUAUAAACGAAGCUGUUGAUCAUGAUGAGGUGGCAUUGGCAAGUGAUGUAGUGUUGGAUCAACAUGCUAAUGAAGGAUUGGACUCGAAAGGGCGUUGGACCCGUACAAGACUUGCAAAAGUCAGCCUUUUGAUUUGCCCGUUUUGGUUUCUUGCACAACUUUCGUUUAAUCUUUCUCUCAAGUAUACCACUGUCACGUCAAAUACCAUCUUAAGCAGUUCAUCAAGCCUCUUCACCUUUUUGGUAUCUCUUUUCUUCUUGGGAGAGAAGUUUACAUGGAUAAAGUUAUCAAGUGUUCUUCUUUGCAUGGGAGGUACUGUAAUCGUCAGUUUAGGCGACUCAAAAGCCGUAACUGCAACAGCUCCAAACCCUGCUCUCGGAGAUAUUCUCGCUCUCGUUUCAUCAGCCUUUUACGCAAUUUACAUCACCCUGAUCCGUAAAAACAUACCAGACGAAGAUAACGAUGAUGAAAAAACCGGCAAAGUCAGUAUGGCCCAGUUUCUCGGGUUUUUGGGGCUAUUUAAUCUCGUAAUUUUCUCACCUAUCGCCCUUAUCCUUCAUUUGACUAAUAUCGAGUCUUUUCAUACCAUUACAUUGAAGCAGCUUGGUCUAAUUGUGGGUAAAGGUUUAUUGGAUAAUGUGCUUAGCGAUUACUUAUGGGCAAAAGCUGUUUUACUCACUACUACAACGGUAGCAACAGCAGGGCUCACAAUUCAAGUGCCGUUGGCAGCUAUGGUGGAUACUGUGAUAGGAAAUGCACCAGGUUUUAUGGAUUAUAUUGGAGCUGCUGCGGUUAUGGUUGGUUUUGCGGGCAUUAAUGUUCCGUCAAAUACUUGUUCAACCCCCAAAGAAGCUAGUGUUGAACUUGAAGAAAAUCAUACGAUAGAUAAAUGAUGAUUAUAGUAUUAUAAUAUAAUGCUUGUUAUCAAGAAUAUACACCUCAUAGUAUUUGUAAUGGGUCAAAAAAAUAUGAUUCUUGCUAUUUGAGGUGGUAACUGUGCGGGUCGGGUUGACCAUGGAACAGGUCAAUACAGAUAAAUUUGGGUAUUCUUAUACAGAUUAUUAUUAUUGCUCAGGUA